CGAUUCUCUCUUUCCGUUCCUCUUAUUAUAAAUUUCUCCUUCCCCUUCACCGCCUCUUCUCUCCCACCUUUCCUCGCCAUACCCCAUUGCCCGCAAAAGCUCCAGCCUCUCUCGUUCGCUCGCUCUCUCCACCGACGCUUCCUUCUCUCGCUCCCAAAACCCUAACCCUUCGAUGCACUUUGAACUCUCUGGCGGCCAUCCUGUUUCUGCUUGCUGGUAGUAGCGCCCGCUUCUUGAGCUUCGGCGCCAUGGCAAACGCACAGCCGCCUCCGUCGGACGGCAUAGGGGACGACUUUUUCGAGCAGAUCUUCUCGAUGCCGCCGCCGUACGCCGGGGGAGACGGUGCCGGCGGCGGCGGUGGCCUCGCCGGGGGAGGCGAGGGGGUCAUGCCCGCGGGGAUCGUCCUCCCCCGCGGGGACGGCUCCACUGUCGGCACAGGUGGGCCGUCGGGGUUCCCGCUGGGGCUCAGUCUGGAGCGGGGUUCCGGCAGUGGCAAAAGGAUCCGGAACGAACCGGCGGCCAAGGCGGAGAGGGAUCCGGUGCAGUUAGCGGGAUUGUUUCCUCCGGGGUUCGGUCACCUCCAGUCUCAUCAAAUCCGGCCUAGUCCUCCAGCUCCUCCUCCUCAGGCAAGAAACAGAUGCCAUCACACGACUCUACAAACUUUUCAUGGGCAAGUGAAGCAAGGCGGGGUUGCUGCAGGGCCACAACCACCGGCCCCACGACCGAAGGUGCGGGCUCGGCGGGGACAAGCCACCGAUCCUCAUAGUAUCGCCGAGAGGCUACGCAGAGAAAGAAUAGCAGAAAGGAUGAGGGCUUUGCAGGAGUUGGUUCCAAACACCAAUAAGACAGACAGAGCAGCCAUGCUUGAUGAAAUCUUAGAUUAUGUGAAGUUUUUAAGGCUUCAAGUGAAGGUUUUAAGCAUGAGUAGGCUGGGCGGUGCUGGUGCUGUGGCACAGCUGGUGGCUGAUAUCCCACUAUCGGUUGAGGGGGAGGCAAGUGAGAGUGGGAGCAAGCAGCAGGUGUGGGAGAAGUGGUCAACGGAUGGCACAGAAAGGCAAGUAGCAAAGCUCAUGGAAGAAGACAUCGGAGCGGCAAUGCAAUUCCUCCAGUCCAAAGCCCUCUGCAUGAUGCCAAUCUCACUUGCCAUGGCCAUCUAUGACACGCAUCACCAGCCUGAAGGCCACACAGUUAAGCCUGAACCCAACACCUCUUCAUAGACUAAGACAAUCAUCUAUAGAAUCCAUGAACAGCUACUACAUUUUGCCCCCUAUACAUAUGUAUGAAGCUUCCACAGUCCAAUUUCUUCAGUAGUAACUUCUCUGGGAGAACCUGAAGGGUCUCCCUCGCUGCACGACUACCAAAUGUCACUUUCUCAUUUCCCCCUCUUCUUUUGUCAAAGGUGCUGUGAUUGGAAGGAAUAGUACGCAGAGUCUUCCCAUGUCUCCAAAUCUUAGAUGUUUUUGAGUGGGAGAAAGACGUUGCUAAAGGUCUUGCCCGCUCUUAUUUUGUCUUGUGGGGGCUGUAGUGCACUAACCAUACACUUUGUGGUGGGGACUCCUUUGUCUUUUUCAUGUAGUGCAUACUGGGACUAAUCAAAGAAGGAUGGAUGGUUUUAUAUAUUUAUACGCAUGUUUCAUUGAAA